AAAGCCAUCAAUUUAAUGCACAAAAAUCCUGGUGGGUUGAUUAAAAGACGUGUCCCUGCAGCCACAUGUAUCACGUCCCUCGGUCCCUCAUCCUCAGCAGAGUCAACAGGACGGCAGCUUUCAGCAGACAAGGCCACAAAUCCGCUGAACAGAGACACGGACUGGAGCAGCAUCCACGCCUUUUGUGACCAGCUCAACAAUGAACUGGAGGGACCUCAGCUGGCCACCAGGCUCCUGGCCCACAAGAUCCAGUCUCCGCAGGAGUGGGAGGCCAUGCAGGCGCUGCUGGUCCUGGAGACGUGCAUGAAAAGCUGCGGGAAGAGGUUUCACAGCGAAGUGGGCAAGUUCCGUUUCCUGAACGAGCUCAUCAAAGUGGUCUCUCCGAAGUACCUGGGUUCGCGGUCUCCCGAGCCGGUCAAGAAGAAGGUGUUGGAGUUGAUCUACAGCUGGACGCUGGGGUUACCCGACGAGGCCAAGAUCUCCGACGCUUAUCAGAUGCUGAAGAAACAAGGUAUUAUUAAACAGGACCCGGAGCUGCCGCCUGACAAACUACUGAACCUUCCUCCUCCCAGACCCAAGAACGCCAUUUUUGAAGAUGAAGAGAAGUCAAAAAUGCUGUCUCGCCUGCUGAACAGUUCGCACCCCGAAGACCUGAAAGCCGCCAACAAGCUUAUCAAGGAAAUGGUGCAAGAGGAUCAGAGGCGAGCGGAGAAGGUGUCGAAGCGAGUGAACGCCAUCCAGGAGGUGAAGGAGAGCGUCUCGCUGCUGACGCAGCUCCUGCAGGACUACGACCGCUCGGCCCCCAGCCAGAGCAACGCUGAGCUCAUCCAGGAUCUCUAUCAGCGCUGUGAGAAAAUGAGACCGACACUGUUCAGACUGGCAAGCGACACAGAGGACAACGACGAGGCGCUGGCGGAGAUCCUGCAGGCCAACGACAGCCUCACUCACGUCAUCAACCUGUACAAGCAGCAGGUGAAGGGGGAGAUCGUCAACGGGAACAACACGUCGGGCCUGCAGAAGCAGACCGGAGGCGGGACGGCGCUGCUGGACCUGACGGGGCUGGACACGUCGCCCCAGUCGCCGCCCUCCUUCCCAGAGUUCCCCACUCCGACAGACAGCCUCAACGCCCCGUCGCAGGAGAUGGGCAUCAGUCUGCUUGACGACGAGCUCAUGUCUCUAGGUCUAAGUGAAGGAACACACACAUCCAACCCAGCGUCGCAGCCUGAGGACUCCACAGCGUGGGACUCCUUCCAGUCGUCUGACAGCAUCGACGCCGACGUCCCAGCAGCCCCCAGCCUCCUCCUGAGCCCGGACCCGCCCUCCCACUCUCAGCCCGUCUCGUCCGGCUCCACUCCCGGGAACUCGGCCCUGGACGAGCUGGACCUGCUGGGGAAGACGCUGCUGCAGCAGUCUCUGCCUCCAGAGGGGCUGCAGGUCAAAUGGGACAAACAGCAGUCCAAACCAACCCUGAGAGAUCUCCAGACCAAGUCGGGCACCAGCAUCACUCCAAACCCAAUCCCGCAAAUCCCCUCCGAGCCUCCCGCUGCUCUGCUGAACUCUCAGCCCGGCCCGGCGGCGGCGGCGGCGGCGGCGGCGGCUGACCUGCUGGAGGCGUCGCCCGCUCACACGGAGCCGGCUCCUCCAGAAGUCACCCUGAGCGAUGUUUUCGUACCGCUAGAAUCCAUCAAGCCCAGUAGUCUCCUCCCAGUGACUGUGUUCGACGGACACAGUCUGCGGGUUCUCUUCCACUUCGCUCGCGACUCGCCCCCGUCUCGACCCGAUGUGCUGGUGGUCAUCAUCUCCAUGCUGUCCUCGGCCCCCGUCCCCGUCAGCGGCAUCAGCUUCCAGACGACGGCCCCAAAGUCCAUGGCAGUGAAGCUGCAGCCCCCGUCAGGAACGGAGCUCCCGGCGUUCAACCCCAUCCUCCCCCCGGCCGCCGUCACACAGAUCAUGCUCCUGGCAAACCCCAACAAGGAGAAGGUGCAGCUGGAGUACACGCUAACCUUCACCAUGGGCGAGCAGGAGCACAGCGAGAGCGGCAGUCUAGAACACUUCCCCCCUCCGGAGCAGUGGGGAAGCCUAUAGCAUUCAAACACUACCAGACGGACUUUCAGCUGCCGGACUCGGCCUCCCUCCUCCCGCCACCUCUCUCUCCGUCAGCCUUUUUUUUUUUUUUUUAAUUCUUUUCUUUUCCUUUCGCGGUCACUCUGCGCUUUCCUCUCCGAUCACGCUCAGUCGGUGUAAUGUGUGUGUAUGCUUUGCUCUAAUCACGCGCGUCUAGAUUCUGCUCUGCUGUCAUGCGGCCGCGUCCAAACAAACUGCUUCCUCCCAGCCGGUUGCAGAUUUGUCGUCUCAUUUCUUCGAACCAACAAGUGCUACAUAUGAAAAAGAUGUUGGACAGAUGUGUGCAUAUUAGCUCAUUCCGUGUGCUUCUUUCUUUGUGUUUUUCUCCCUGGUCUAAAUCCACGAUCAGUCGUUUUAUCUUUUACCUCAGCAUGCUCUGCGAACACGGGACACAACGCUUGCACAAUCCAGCGCAACACAGACUGAACGAUUCUCAGUUUGCGAUUCUUUUAUCAAAUUUUGUGGUGUUUCCAUUUUGUGAUCCUCUGACUGAGUGCACUUUCUGACUGCACAGAGAAUGAUUGUUUUGAAAAAAAAGAAGAAAAAUGCUGUUUCCUCUCAUCUUGUAAAGAACAAAAAUCUACUGUAAAAUCAGAGCUGUGUAUUUUCUGCCAUAUGUGCCUAUUUUGCAGUUCUAACAUUAUUUAAACUUCUGUGCUUCUGAAUGAAAUUUUUUUUUCUUUCCCCUCAUCUGUUACACGUUACUCCAUGUUAGAUGAUUUGAGUUUUGGGAUGCAGAUUAGCUAAAUCUUAACCAUAAUUGUAACGUAAGUUCAAUUGGGACCCCUGAGCUCGGUAUUUUGAGUUAUUCUGUCAACAGUUGAUGCUGAUAACUUGAGCAUUAUGCAAACUGAGCUGCGCUCCGGAGCUCCGAGCAGCGUCUGUCUCAAACGUGUUGGACUCGUAUCUCCAGUCUGCGAUGCAUGGCGGCCGCGAUGGACACGUCCUCCCCAUCACAUUCCACUGCAACCAUCUCCAACCAGACGUCUUUGUAAAAUGCCAGCGGGGGCGGUUCUGUCGUGUACAUCUGACUUGUGCAGCGUGCAAGUGAAUAACACUGGUACAAUACUACUAAUGGGUAAUAAAGGUUUUUUGUUUUCUUGAC